AUGACAAGUGGACUACACGUCUCGAAUGUUCAGAAAGUUAAGCUUACGUAGCAGGAAUCUUAUUGACUAAAAUAAUUCAAAUGAUACAGUACUGCUGAAGUAGGCUAGCUGGCAGUGGCUGCGUUGUUGUUGUUCUAUCUCUCUAUAGUGUUGUUUCUUGUAUUAUGGUCUCUUGUUUCUUUAGAGGUUUCACUUUGUUGUCCUUUUUCUUUUCCUUUUUCUUCUGUCCUUAUUUUGUCUUCCUUUCUUCUGUUAACUAGAUAUUUUUUGUUGUUAUUUUAGCUCUGAGUUAAGUCCGUAAUGAAUAGUAUAAUUACAACAGUUCCUAUGCUAUUACAAUAUUCUGUAGAUCCUCGAGUACAACAUUACUCUAACAUUCAUUCUGGUUUUAGCUUUCAUUAUCUGUUCAACCUUCUCCAGCACACUCCUGCUGAGCUCUUGGUAUUGGUAGCCUAACUAGCUUGUUCAAAUGAUCUGUGAUCUCAUUCUCUCUUCUAACUAACUUGCCUUGUGUCUUUGCAGUAUUUGAUUCUUGAGCACAGCAUUUUAAUGCCAAUCCUUAAGAACCUCCCGGGGAGGAUCAAGAGUAACCAUGGGAAUGGUGAGCUCAUCCUGCCCAGGUUAAACUUGGACCUGAACCCCUUCGAGGAGGUGGACCUUGAGGAGGAGAGGAACGAGGGUGAGCCCCCCAAUUUGGGGGUAUGCGGGGGAAAAAUCUUCCAGAGCAGGUCGUCACAUGAUGGGGAAGAGGAGGAGAAUGAGGUGAACGCGGAGAGGCAUGGCCCUGAGGCCCCUAAAGGAGGAGGGGGGAGGCCCCUGAGGGGAACCCUUGAGCGGCUGUGCGGCUCUUCGCCCCUGAAGACCCUGGGGAAGCUGGGGAAGGGGCUGCGUAUGUCGGGGUGCAGCGUAUGGGGGACAUUCCCGUCCCAGCGAUGCCCCACAGACCCCCACUCACCCCAGCCUGAGAAAGAGAAGAGGAAGGGCCUCCGCAGGAGCUCAGAGGAGAUCAUGACCCUGCUCCGAUUUGCAGGGCGGAGGAAGCAGACGCAACGCAGAGAGAGCCUGCCCUGUGGUAACCUGAGCGCCGACAGCGAGGCUGAGUCCUGCCGCCGGCCCUCCUUCCUCAGGAUGGUCAGCCUUGGCAAGCUGAAGAGGGAGUCCCUGUCGGACCACAACUCCCAGGAGGCUGAGGAGGAGCUGGAGGAGGAGCCACUAGUGGUCAAACCCAGGGAACCUCUCUCAGUACUGGAGAUCCUACAGCUGGUCAACCAGAGGGACCUCCUCCUGGCAGACACACACAUCCAGGAGCUGGAGCGUGAGUGCGAGCUGAUGGCCCUCCUGCCCCACCCCCCACACCCUCAUUCACCUCCCGGAGUGAACCCUCUCGGGUCCUUCGAUGACCCCUCCAGCCCCAAUGUGUCAAGAGACGCCAGCCGUCGCAAGACCAAGGAUGUGGAGUUGCUGUACGAGGCCCUGCAGAAGGAGAUGUGGGACGUGGUGAGGGAGUCACUCCGACAGCCAACGGCCGGGCCCAACCUGGGACUGGUGGUGCUGGUCAUCCAGCAGGAGGAGCAGGCCGACACCGCCCAGGCACAGAAAGAGGAGACCCAGCCCCUGAGGGAGGGCCUCCAGCCCCAUCCUAGCCAGCGGCCCCGUCAGCUCAAGCUGAAAUGGCGGCAGGCAGUGGGGGAGGCGUCUGACUGGAGCCUGCCCCAGCAGGUGAGAACUCCGGCAGGGCAGCUAGCUUCGUACCUGGAGAGGCUGAGGGGCCGCAUGGUGGACGACCUGGACGCGGCGCGGAGGAACGUUGUGUCGGUCUACCCGGAGGAGUUCCAGGCCUUCCAGGUGUACGUGCAGAGCUACCACCGGGCAGUGGCCCGACGCCUGAACAUCAUCACCAGCUCCCAGCUGCAGAUCACUGAUGUCUACUCCCUGCUGGACUGGUUCUAUAACAUCUACAACAGGGAUGUCCUGGGCACCGUUGGCAUGAAAACCCCCAUUAACUACUCCCCACUGGAACCCCUACUGCACCAAGAUACAGUGGACCGACUGGAACAGGACUGCCUGAACACAGUCAGGGAGAAGGUGACCACAGAGCUCACUCAGGUUCUGGACGAGGAGGAGAGGCGGUGGGCCCAAAUGCUGCACAUAGAGGAGUACCAAUCCAAUCUGGCCCGCUCCAUCAUCCAGAGACUGACGGUGGACCUAGACAGAUCCACAGCUGUAAGCUCGUUUCUGGGGGCCAGGGUGGCCCGCUGCAGUCUUAAUGGGCUGUCUGACUUCCUGUACAGUUUCCAGAGGAAAGUGGAGAUGUUCCAUGAGACCCAGGCUGAGUUUGGGGACCGCGGUGAUGGAUACAUCUCCAGGACCAUCGCUCUGGUCAACUGUUGUCCUCCUCUAAGGUCCUUUGUACAGCGCUGCAGGCAGUGUGACCCACAGGGCAGUGAGGAGUCCACACAGAGAGCUAACUCCUCCCUCAAUAGGAUCAUUAACCAAUCAGUGAGGGUUCUGACGGAAAAACUAUUUGAGCACAUCAGGCCGUUCUGUGACAAGCUGGUGAAGAGAAAGUGGCUAAACAACACUGAGGCAUUUGAGGCCAUCGAAGCAAGCAUCAAGCAACACUUUAAGAAGUUCAGAAGAAUGGACUGCCCACCUUAUCAGAUACUGGUGGGGGAGGUACACAGGCGGAUCCUGGUGGAGUAUGUGCGUGCGAUCAUGCGAGGACGGGUCAUCUGCACAUCAUCGAAGAUGAGAAAGAGGAUGGCGUUCCGACUUCAGGACGAGGCCAAACAGCUCAAAGGACUUUUCAAAGACCUGGAGUCAGGAUCUUCUUGGCUGGACAGUGUCCUCGCUCAUCUAGCUGACAUCAUUCUACUGGAGGACACUCCGUCCAUCCAGAUGGAGGUUGCUGUUCUGGUGAAGGAGUUUCCAGACAUACGGAAGAAGCACGUCUCCACCCUGCUGAACGUGCGAGGCAUGAUGCGCCAGGCGGAGCGUGAGGAGAUCUUGAACAUAGUCCGAGACUUCGAGAGCAGUGGCAGCUCUGCCCUGCUAUGCCGGGAUCACGCCCUCUUCUCAGACAUCCCUGUCACCUCCGAGGUGCACUGCAUCAACCUGGGCCUCAUCCGCGUCGCCAUGACCCUCGCCAACUGGUUCUCAGAGGCCCGGCCUCGACGACACCGCAAGAAAAACCCCAGGAACAGAACCACGCUGCCACUGGAACGCCUGACCGAGGAGAAGGAUAUGGAUGAUGAUUGACUUCAAGGAAAAUGAUAUGGAGCACAUUGGUAGAACAGAGGCUCACCCGUAACACUCAUAAUUCUGUAUCAAUGUGUUCAUUUGUAUGACUAACUAAUACUGAUGGUGCGUAAUGUAAUUGUUUGGCUUUCUGCUGUAAAUAACAUAGGUAGAGGUUUUUUGUUGACAACAAUUUGACGAGCACUCAAUCCUAAUAUCUGUCAUAUUUAUGUGCUGCGACUACUGUGCUGCGACUACUACUGUGGGGCCGAAUACUGUGAAACAUACUACUAAAAAGAAAUUCAAGUCUCCAAAGAAACGUGAAACUAUCAAAUGCCGUUUUUAAUUCAUCUGUAAAUUGACUUAUCACUCAUUUACAGACAUUUCAAAGGAAUGUGAUAAAAAAUGACUUGACCUCAGGUAUAGCACAUACAAGCUCAUCUACUGCACCUCGAGCUCAGACAUUUCUUCAUGUUUGGAAUGAGAACCAGUACACAGUUGCAUUGCUUGGAUUGAUUUUAAGGCAUACUUGAAACACAGAUUUCGUAUCAUCUAUGAAUGUAUCACUUCAAUGGUUUUGUAAAACCUUAUUGGGUAACACUUUACAUUAAGGCAGUGUUUCUUAAGGAUGGUCCUGGGGACACAAAAGGGUGUACAUUUGUGUUGCACUUGAUUCGACUAAUCAACUCAUCAUCAAGCGUUUCGAUGUGAAUCAGGUGUGUUAGUGUUGGGGCAAAUGUUCACCCCUUUGGGUCCCCAGGACCAGGAUUGAGAAAUACUGUAUUAAGGUAUACUUUUAUACAUAAAUAAGUAGUUAAUAAACUGUUAAUUAUUCAUUUAACAAUAACUUAGAGCUAACUAAUGUGUUAUAACUGUUUAACUUUUAUAACUAACAAAGGAAGGGGGUACCUAGUCAACACACCUGAAUGGAUUCCCCCGAAAUGUGUCUUCCACAUUUAACCCAACCCCUCUGUAUCAGAGAACUCUGAACUUAAGAAUAAUUUUAAGUACACCUUAAUGUAAAGUUUUACCUGUUAAGGUAAAGUGUUACCAAAACUAUUCAAACUGUUGUCAUCAUAUUCCAACAAAUUUUUGUCCAGUUGAAUGCUUUGUAGAUUCCAAUGCAAUGUAUGACCUAUGGACAUAUAUGUUGUUCAAUAUCUCUUUAUUCUAUGGGUAAUUUAACCUAAUCCAAACCUUGUCUUGGAUACCGCACAGCUUUUCUCUGCUCUUUCUCUAACUUUGUAUUGUUGUUUGAUACACAUAUGUAUGGAAAUAUAUAUAUAUAUGACAUGGUUUGUAACUGUGAAUGAAUAUGAUCUAUUAUGUUGCCAAAGAGUAAAUAAACCCCCAUUGAUUGGGUGGAUUGAA